GAGAAAAGGGUCUCAGUCAGUCCGCCGCAUCUCGCAACGACGCACACCGAGCUGGUUAUCCACAGCCGUGCGUAACGCAGCGUAGCCGGAGCGCAUCGACACAAAGGACCGAGGAGCGCUGUUAAUCUGUGCGGCCGGAGCAGUUCUGUGAAUGGGUACGAGCGGACCGCGCGCCUUUGGACUCAGAGGGGCUUUUCUCAUUUAGACGUGUCCGCAAGGCGCAGCGCUGCUUUGUUUGGGUACAUCACGCUGAGUCUGAAGAAAACGUGGUGCGACAGAAACGAUCCAAGCGUCGGAGUGCGCCUGUCAAUCAGAGAGAGAUUAACUUUUUAUUUAACGCAGAGAAAAGACGCGUCGCUGGAUAACAACGUGAAUGCACAAUGACUCGAGGCAAUUAGCCUCACGAUUUCAGCCGCUUCUCGUCUGUUUGGAUUUAACGAUUUGAUUGGCUCCUGUGGAUUUCUUGUGGCGUCUCACUUUUGGAGCACAAGGGGAUGUUCUCUACGUAACUUUCACAUAUGUACAUUGAAAUGAUCUUUAAGCGUGUGUGUAUGUGACGCAUUUGCUGUUUCUUCCUUAGUUUUUGGACUGCGAUUUUAAUAUAAAAAUGAGCAUAUACAGCGUGGCGUUGUCCUGUUUAGUGGCGUACGUUCUCUCCGUGCGCUGCAGCUCGGUAGCCGGCACCGACACUCAGAGCCCCCCCCAGGAGUCGUGCGCGUCCUGCGGUCUCAGGGCGCCGGAUCAGUCGGAGCGGGUGAACAUAGACUUUCUGGAGGCGGUUAAGAGGCACAUACUGAACCGGCUACAGAUGAGAGACAGACCCAACAUCACUCACCCCAUCCCCAAGGCUUCGAUGGUGACGGCGCUCAGGAGGUUGCACGCCGGGAAAUUGCGCGAGGACGGUCGGGUGGAGAUCCCCAGUUUUGACGGACAGGCUGCGUACAACAACGAGGUGCAAGCGGAGAACUCAGAGAUCAUCAGCUUUGCAGAAUCAGAUGAUCACACAUCCACCAACACUGGUUUGUUCUUCUUCAUCUCUAACGAGGGCAACCAGAACCUGUACGUGUCCCAGGCCAACCUGUGGCUCUAUUUCCGCGUGCUGCCAGCCGGCCCUGAGAAAGGCCUUCGGAGAAAGGUGACAGUCAAGAUCCAUUACCAGGAGGCCGGGUCAGCUGCCGGAGCGGAGGCGGGUCCAGGAGGGGGUGGUGGUGGAGGUGGAGGAGGGGGAACAGGCCGCUGGGCUUUGGUGGAAAAGCGAGUGGAUCUGAAACGUAGCGGCUGGCAUACUUUCCCCCUCUCUGAGGCUGUGCGUGCUGUCUUUGGGAAAGGCAGCCGGCGCCAGGACCUGGAGGUCCACUGCGAGGGCUGCGAGACAGCCGGUGUGACUCCGAUAAUGGUGGACCCCGGCGACCCGUCCCACCGGCCCUUCCUGGUGGUGCGCGUGCGACAGGUGGAUGGAAAGCACCGCAUUCGCAAGCGUGGUCUUGAGUGCGAUGGUACCAGCGGGGGCCUUUGCUGCCGGCAGCAGUUUUACAUUGACUUCCGUCUCAUUGGCUGGAACGACUGGAUCAUUGCGCCAGCUGGUUACUAUGGCAACUACUGCGAGGGUAGCUGCCCGGCCUACAUGGCGGGCGUGCCGGGCUCGGCUUCAUCCUUCCACACUGCAGUGGUGAACCAGUACCGCAUGAGAGGGAUGAGCCCAGGCUCAGUUAACUCCUGCUGCAUCCCCACAAAGCUCAGUACUAUGUCCAUGCUCUACUUUGACGACGAAUACAACAUCGUAAAGAGGGAUGUGCCCAACAUGAUUGUGGAGGAGUGCGGCUGUGCUUGAGUCAGCCGUCACCCUUCAUUAUCUCUUAACUUGGAACAGUCGGAAAGGCCUUUUGUACAAACGGGACGUUGUUGUACGGUACACAUAUACAAUAUAUCUAUACCUACCGUAUAUGCAAGCAGCACGCACACUGAUGCAUCUAGUACCCCUAGCAAAUGCAAGUACCCGUGCCGUGUCCUAGUGUGCGUGUUUGCACGUGAUUGUGCGAGUGUGUGUAUUUAUCAGACUGAGUGAUGUGCUUGCUGUCCGGCUGAGUUUAGUCCGUCGUCACCGGUCAGUGACGGGUCGAGAAGGGAACGAUUAGCACCAAAUGAUACUUUGCUCUAGUUUGCCAUUUCUAGUCAAAAAUAAUGGCAAAUCAUCUUUUGUAUGAAGAUAACAAGCGCUUAAGGAAAGUGACAGGAUUGGCCAUUUACAUUCUUUAUUAACACUCCUGACCCCGCUCCUCCAACCCUCUAGAGCACAUAUGUCAAACUCGCAACCCACAGGCCAAAUCCAGUGCGGCCCGCCGUGGGAGUAUGGGCCGCCCGCCGGAUGACUUUGCUAUUGUGAGAAGUACAGAUUGAAGUUGGCAGUAUCUGGCCCGAACCUGAAAUGAGUUUGACACCCCUGCUCUAAAGUACUUUGAGCACAUGACAGACUUUUUUUUUUUAGAAAGCACUGACAAUUCAUCAGCUUAUACAACUUAGAACACCAGCACUUCCCUACUAUGCCAGCAGACACAGUCUGACUGUCCCCUCUGGUGGAAUUAGACCGGCAGCGCUUAAUACCUAGCAGGAUUAUACCCUCCACGGAGAGGCAAAAGAAAGUCCUCCACAGACCUGCUGUUGUCCUUCUUGCUGUUGACAACGGGCCUCGACCUCCACUUCCUGCCUGUCCAGACAGACGCAGGCCGUGCUACCAUGACAACCAGGUGAAGAUUGAUGUGCACUUCACUUGUGUACAGGAAAGCGACAAAAGAGAGAACUGCUUCCUGCUGCCCUCUGAGGUUCAGCAGCCAUGGGCCUGAUGGACUCUAGUUCUGGCCCAGUGGGUCACCACGGUGCAGUGCAGCACUUGCAGAAACUGAAAUGCACACCCUGAAUAGCACUUGUAUAAAGAAAUGCCUUCCAAGGAGUACUGAGUGUCCUGUCCUAUCGUUAAAUAAGUGCCACAUGAGCUAUGCAAUGUAUAGUAACCUAUACCCAUACUCAACACGCUCUAUUAGACUGAAUUCUCUUUCUACCUGUCUCUCCUCUCUCUCACUUUCUCUCUCUCUCUCUUUCUCUCUCACACUUCUACCCUCCACUCUUUAUCAAUACUUGAAAUGUAAUCUUUCGCUUCCUUUCCAAAGCGAAUGAUUGUUGUGACGUUUGCACUGAAAAGUUGCGGGAUUAGUGAAACAAAAAUUGCCAUUGAAAAGUUAUUUUUAUAGAAGUAAAUUUAAUUUUGUUUCAAAUGUGUUUUACCUGAUUAAUGGAACCAAAGAGGCCAAGAUUUUUAGCUAUUGUACUAAAAUGGCGAGGCCAUUAAGUUACUGUGUACGAUACUGUUUUUGAUCAUUCGCAAUAGACCUACCACUGUAUCAGGGUACGAUAAAUGAUUUCAUUCCUUAGCUCUGUUGUCAUUCUCUGUUUUGUACAAUAAGCAACUCUUCAUUUUUUCAUCUUUAACUCUAUUUUUUGUUUCAGUUUUCUAUUUAAUAAGAAAGUUGUUUUUAGUUCUUGUCUAAGAAUCAUUUAGUCAAAAAAAUUUCAUGUGUACAGUUUGUCAAAUAAAAAUGUUUUCUUAAAUAUUUUGUAACUUUAAAAUUCAAGACUCUCUGUUCUUUUUCUCUGGGUAUGGGCCUCUAUCUGAAAUGUUGUUGUUUUUUUCUGAUGCAAAGUGCUUUAGGCUGAAACCUCGAUAAACAAAAGGGUGCGGCUGA